GGAGGCCCAAAAUUUCUAGCUGUUGGGAACAAAGUGCAAACCUACAGUAGGUAUUGUGUCUUCCGCUUUCCGCUUCUUCCGAGACCGGUCCCCUACCUCUGUGCCGAGACAACCUUCCUCUCCAUACGACUUUGGACCACGCAUCGCCACCGUCCGGAGGUUUGACAGACACCUGGACUGCGAAACGCCCGCUAUGAUACGGAGCGCAAACGCGCGUUUUCCCGUGCUCCCCCAUCGCGACACAUAGCGGCACCCGUCGGGACAGGACCACUCGCUACGGACCAUGCGACGGUGACGCAGUCUGUCCUUUGGUUAGCAUUGGGAUCGAGUGGACUGCCGUCGCCCUGCCACGCCGUCUACCGCCAUGCUGGAGAGGACCGCGACGAGCAUCGAGCCUUGCAGCAGCAGCCUCCAGCGAGUUCUUCCCUCGGCCAGGUCCUGUUUGCAAACCCGCCGCAAGCUCCAUACCGCCUUUUGGCACCAUGGAGCCGCUGAGUUCGAGCUCGUCGACGCCUGCCAGGCCCUCCUUCGCCAGCGGCCCCGCGAGUCCAAGGUUCACGCGACACCAGCGAACCCGAGCAAGAGCACCGAGACCAUGACAUUUUCCACUUUUCUGCUCGACUUCUUAUACCCCAGCGGAGCCGCCGCUCUUUUACGGAGACCGCCCUCGAUAUACCCGAUUCGUUUGGAGGUUGGUCCAAGGCCACGGAAUCACAUGUUGCGUCCCUUCACCUCCGCCGUCCCUCGCCAGUCGAAUCAGCCUCCGAAAUCACACGCCGCCACUGACCCUUUCGACGUGCUGGGAGAGGCCAGGGAUGGUCAUUGGGGUGAACAUGCCGUGCUUGGGGAUCCCGAAGCUCUGGAGGGCCCUGAAGCCCUAGAGUAUCUCCUGCAUUCCGACCACGCCGGCGCCUACGACCAAAUCUUCCAGAUCUGGACAUCACUAGAGCCGACCCUGAAGGGUGAAUACAUGACUAGGGUUAUGCUCGCCAUUUCGGCGUCAACACGGCCAAUUGAGGCCUGGAGGGUCAUCGACCUAUUUGCCCACUACCCGGUGGACACGUGGACCGAAGGCAUCGUGCGUGCGGUAGUCAAGGCGCACCUCACAAUGCACAACGUCUCUGAAGCCAUGUCGGUCUUCAGGGCCGCCGUGGAACAGCGCGGAUUUGGUCGAGCGCUGGAUUACAUCGCCGCCUACGGAUUUGAGCUGUCAUUAUGGGACUUGGUGCUUCGGGCUUGGGAACUCUACUCCAGCAACCUGGGCGAGGAAGAACCGGCUCUCGAGCCACCGGCACUGACAACUGCCGAGCCUGGGUUUGAGCCGGCGGAGGUGCAGGAGACGGGUAAAGUCGGAUUAGGGGACGUCCAGCCUGGACUGGACUCAGGAGCAGCCCAAGAGACGGAAUCGAUGAUGAGACCCGGAAUAUCAGAAACCGAUACCGGCAAGGAGCAGCCACAGGAUGUCGAGUUUGGAAGCGACCCAUCGCCCUCACAGGCGGCCCAAACCGUUCCCUACGCCAUGGAAUUGCAGGAAGCUGAAACUUUGGCUGACCCAACACCCGCAGAGGUCAUGGACAAGUGGUAUAUUGAUGCUCUCGGUAGAAUGGCAGGAGACCAACCCGUCAAGUCUCUGGCUGCUCAGGGACCAGAUCCUCCGGCCGAACCUGUGACCGGCUCCGCAGCUGCCCCGAGUCAAGGUCGGUUGCCGGAUUGCACGCCCGGCUACCCGAUAUUGGCGGCAACGGCCAAUUUCGAGGCGAAAGUGAACGAGUUGUACCAAUUCCUCGAGAGCGAUCCCGAGUACCUCCCGCAACGGACCGCGCUUGUCGAUUCUUUCCUGCGGCAUAUCGUAAGAUGUUCGAUGCAUUUGUUUCGGCCCUCGGAUGUCGUCUUCAUGUUACACCGCGCCCCGGAUCCGCGCUCUUAUGAGCUCUACAUCGUCCUCAACGCGGAGCAGGGACGCAACAAGCUGGCCACCGACCUGUUCAAGAAGUACCGGGCGCUUCCUGGAGUGCGCGCGCCCGUUUCCUUGUUGAGGGUCAUGAUGAACAUCUUCUUCCCUUAUAAUACCGUAGGGAUGGAAGCCUUGCUGGAGGACUGGUAUCGUUACCAUGGCCACUUGGACGAGAGAGCAUACCGCAAGUUCAUGGCUUUCUAUGGCGGACGGGGUGAUGUCAAGUCAAUCAUGCGACUGGCGGGGGAGUAUGCCAAGCACUACGACGACAAGUUUGAAGAGGACUCGAAGUUUUGCACAACACUCAUGCAAGCCCAUGCAGUCAGGGGCGAUCCCGAGGCGGCUCAUCAGGUAAUGAUGGAGGCCGCCGAAAGGACAGGGAAGCCGCCCGAAAUCAAGCAGUGGAACAUUUUGAUGAAUGCCCACGCCAAGGCAGGAGACUACGAAGGAGCCGUCAACCUUUUUUCAUACAUAUGCGACGCCCUCGAGCCCGACGAUUACACGUUCGGAACCAUGAUGGGCAUGGCCGGCUUCCGCGGCGACCUCCAGUUCACCCUGGAGCUCUACCAACUGGCCAGAGAACGGCGUGUUAAGCCGACCGUGGCCAUGAUGAGAGCACUGGUCGAAGCGUACUGCCAGAAUGACCGAUUCAGUGAGGCUGAGCAACUCUGCGUCAAGAUCACGAAGAAACGGGGUCUGUACGGCGACUAUACAAUGCUCUGGAACGCGCUGCUUCACCACAACGCGAAGCGCCGAGACUUGACCACCGUCAACCGGUUGCUCGAGUUCAUGUCGGCACAAGGAAUCGCCUACAACCAGGACACUUACAAUCACCUCCUGCUGGCGCUGCUCUAUGCCCGCCAGUCGCACCACGCCAUGCAUCUGCUCCGUGUCGCACACCAGGAGGGCGUCUUUGAACCCACGGCAGACCACUUCAUUCUCUUGAUGGCGGCCUUCAUCAACACGGGCGAACCCCACAUGGUGCUCAAGACGAACGAGCUGAUGUCAAAGUUGAACUUCCCCCAGUCGGCAAUGCGCAUGACCAAAGUCAUCGACGCCUUGGGAAGAUGGCAGCAGCUGCCCUAUACAAAGCGACGAGGUGCCAAGGGAGCAGACUUCUUGAAACAGAUACUGUCUGAGUUUUAUAAAUUUUUGGAGAGGGAAGACCGAGGCUCGCCUGACGACAUCCGCUCCGUCAUUGGCCUCUACUCCAAGGUGCUCUUCAUCCUAACCCAGAUGCGCGAGCACACUACCGUGCAGCAGGUCAUCCGCCUCCAUAACUCUCGCUAUCCCAACCGGGCAAGCCAGGAGAACAUCCCGCUCAAGCUUCUCCACCAAAUAAUGCUCGCCGACUUCUACGAAAAGAAAUACGACAGCGUCAAGCAGACGUGGAAGCUCGUCCUCGGGAGAGCAACCAAGCGCUACCAGCCCGCUUCAUCCUUCCUCAAUUCAGACCACAAACGAGAACCAGUCCCAGGCCAAAACCCAGACCCAGGCCAAGACCCAGACCCAGGCCAAGACCCAGACCCAGACCAAGACCAAGAUCAAAACCAAGAUUCGAACAAACUUCGGGACGCGGAUCAAGGCCAAGACCUCGACGACAAGACCCCGCCCAAGCCGGUCAUCUAUGCCCAGCGGUUCCGCCUCUGCGACCCGCUCAAGACAAUGCAGCGCCUCUAUCUGGAGGAGCAUGACGCCGACGGCCUGCUGCGCCUCAUCGCCAGCGUGCGCAGCCGCGGCUUCGACCUGGACAGCAAGAAUUGGAACUACCACGUGCAGGCACUGGCGCGGCUCAAGCGGUGGCGCGAGGCGUUCACGGUGUGCGAGAAGGUGCUCAUGCCGCAGUGGACGGGCUGGUACAUGGUGCGGGCAGAGAAGCAGGCCAAGAACCAGGUCCCCCUGGCGCUGCGCCGCAUCGGCACCAACCCGCACCGGCCCCGGCCCAUCUCGCAUACCUUGCUGGUCCUCGCCAAGGAGUACAUGGACCUCGAGCAGAUGAUGCUCUGGUCACGCGAGGCGAGCAGGGAGUUUCGGUAUAUCAAUGACGAGUGUCCCAAGACGGUGCACGCUGUCACUACGAUGCAUCGGAUUGGGUCGUCGCUGGAGGCGGAGAUCUUUGAGGAGGGGGGAUGGGUGAGGAAAGGACCGCUAGAUGAGGCGGGACCUGGCGGCGGGCAAGAGGACGAGGUGAUGGAUGAGGAGCAAGGGGAGGAGGAAGGGGAUGAGGAAGUCCAGGGAGUGAGGACGUGGAGGGGUGGUAGGUUGGUGAGACCGGAUGACAAGAGACGGAUCAGGACGCCGCGACAUUAUCGCGGUGUUUGGACGCAUGGCGGAUAUCUGAACACGGAAGAGUCGGCGCCGGAGGUGGAGGGUGGGAUGUCGGCGGAGGAUGUUGUGGAUGCUUUGAAGGCAGGGGUCCCAGAUGAUGGGAGUUCCGAGGAGCAGGGUGUAUAAUAGAGGGUGAGCGGCAGUGUAUUACUGUAUGUAUGUACUUGUACGUGUAUGGCUGAUGUCUAGAGGUGUAUAUAUUCCGUACUUGGAUAAGGUACCUUAGCUUAAAGGAAGAGGGUAGAGUGGUGAGGGUUCCAGGUUGGCAGUCUCUUGUCUGGAUUGCAUGCAUCGAGA